CCGAAUUUUUCCGGUUUGGUUGCUGGUUUGGGUUCAAAAACACAAAGCAAAACACGGCCGAGUUUUCAGAAAACAGUGACGAGGGGGGAGGGGAUUUGGGGUUUAGGGCUUUAACACUCAGAAGCAAAAGGGGUUUACAUUCGGAAGCAGCAAAGGUCUUUUCAACUGUUCGCAUGGCAACAACUACUGGACUUGAGUCUCUUGUCGAUCAGAUCAUUUCGGUUAUUACAAACGAUGGACGCAACAUUGUGGGAGUUCUCAAAGGUUUUGACCAGGCGACUAAUAUAAUUCUGGAUGAAUCUCAUGAACGCGUCUUUUCCACAAAGGAAGGAGUACAACAACUUGUGUUGGGUUUGUACAUUAUCAGAGGCGACAACAUAGGUGUUAUUGGGGAGCUAGACGAAGAGCUCGAUGCUAGUCUGGACUUUUCGAAACUAAGAGCUCAUCCUUUGAAACCCGUCGUGCAUUGAUUGAAAAUAGUAAUGAUGUACGACAAAGCCUGAACAAAGACAAGAUUGUGAACAAUUUGAAUUAGUUUGUCUUGCUAUCUAUCUGUUUUGUGUAUCCCAAACCGCAAACGCAAGCUUUCUUUUGCGAUAUUCUAGUGUUAUGAUCUUUUAUUUAUUAAUCAUGUUUUAGUAAGCUUUUGAUUCCAAUCCUGUAAGCGAAUACAAAACUUAUGAGGAAAUUUACUACUCUCUUCAUUUCA